GGCACUCCCCGCUCCCCACCCCUCUCUCUCUCUUUCUCUCUCUCUCUGACCCUUCCAAGCUGCCCCAAUAAAUAAACCCCGCCGGUCCUUCAGUUGGCAAGAGAGAUCGCGCACCACCGCGAUCGCCGGAACCCUAGCCCCCGAUGGCGUCGGUGGCCGCUGUAAAGGAGCUCCGACCGGUGGAUUCCUACGUCUGGAAGGCCUGCGCCGGCACCGCUGCCAAGACGCCCGCCGUUGGGUCGCGUGUUUACUACUUCCCCCAGGGCCACGCCGAGCAGUCCUCCUCCCCGCCGGACUUCUCCGCCGUCCCAUGCCGCCGCCCCAUCGUCCUCUGCACGGUCUCCGCCGUCCGCCUCCUCGCCAACCCCGACACCGACGAGGUUUUCGCUCAGAUCGCCCUCGACCCCCGCUUCCCCCCGCCGCCUCCGGUACCGGUCCCGCCCGACACUCACGACGGCGUCGGAGGCGGUGGUGGGGGUGUGGGAGUGGUGUCAUUCGCGAAGAUCCUGACGCCGAGUGAUGCAAACAACGGCGGGGGGUUCUCGGUGCCGAGGUUCUGUGCGGACUCGAUUUUUCCAGGACUGGACUUCAAGGCGGACCCGCCGGUCCAGACCAUCUCGGUCCGGGAUGUGCACGGGACCCGGUGGGAGUUCCGGCACAUCUACCGCGGCACACCGCGCCGUCACCUUCUGACCACCGGAUGGAGCAAGUUUGUCAACUGCAAGAAGCUCGUCGCUGGAGAUUCUAUCGUGUUUAUGAAGAACGAGGCCGGCGAGCUCUUCGUCGGUUUCCGCCGCACCGGCCGCUCCUGCGGCUCCAUGGGCUAUCUGCCCUACAGUUCCCCGGCUGGAGCGGGGGUUGAACUGGAAGAGAACCUCGGCAGCGGCGAGGGGUUCUCGAGGAAUGUUAGGGGUCGGCUUCCGGCUUCGUCAGUGGUGGAGGCGGUCCGGUUGGCGGAGAUGAACUGCCCAUUUGAGGUCCUCUACUACCCAAGGGCCGGGUCGCCGGACUUUGUGGUGGCCGAGGAGGUUGUGGAGUCGGCGAUGAGGGUGUACUGGUCUGCCGGAGUGAGGGUUAAGAUGUCGGUAGACACGGAGGAUGGGUCAAGGAUGACCUGGUUUCAGGGGACGGUGUCCUCGGCUGCGGUCAACGAUGUGGGCCCGUGGCCCGGUUCACCAUGGCGUAUGCUUCAGGUUACCUGGGAUGAACCAGAGGUUUUGCAGAAUUUCAGAAAUGUAAGUCCUUGGCAGGUGGAGUUAGUUUCUGCCACCUCUCAGCUGCAAACUCCAUAUCCUGUUAUGAAGAAACUAAGGGGUGCACAAAGUCAAGACUUUUUUGGCGAUAGAGAAGGCAACAUGCUCUUUCCAUUGACCGAUUUGAAAAGUAAAUCCAUGGGGAAUCUAUCCCCAUUGAUCAGUUACCAUACAUUUCCUGCUGGCAUGCAGGGAGCCAGGCAUGAUCUGAUCUGUGUCCCCAGUUUAUCCAAUUUUGUACCCUCGAAUGCCCAUCAAAUGCUCUCUGAUAGUCUAAACGGCAUUAACAUGCCACAGAAGUCAAAUAAUGGAUCCAAUGAUUUGAAUGUUGGAAAUAAAGAAGGCUCAUCGACGCCGAGCCAUGGAAGUAUCGUGGACUGUGGCACGGAUCUUCUGAAAACUGUGGCUUGCAAUCCAACUAGGAAAACUAGUGGAGGAUCUUUUCAAUUGUUCGGUCAGAUUAUCCAGAUAGAGCAGCCUGUUGAUGUUGAUGUUGAUGCAGAUAAAGAGUACAGAGAGACUACAGUUGAAAGUCCUACCACAUGAUUUUUCUGUCUCCAACCAACAUAAGCAGUUGCUUUAUGGUCUUGAUGUGCAAUGUCAAAGAGUUUCUGCUUUGGAAGCAUGUUCUCUGUAAAAGAAUUGAUGUUUGCAUCAGCAACAUGCAGCCUGUCCAGGUCUAAGAACCUUGAAGGAUUGUCUGCUGGUUGCAUAAGAUAUUGAAUUGCUUAACCUAUAUUGCUGUGUCAUUCUACCAUCUGUUAUUGAGAUUUCGUGGUAGGCCUUCUCUUGCUCAAAGUUUCCUUCAUUAUCAAUUUAUAGCUGGUUGAGGUCAGGUCAGGCGUGUAAAAUUUUGUCAAACUUAUAUUGAUCUUAUAUGAUGGAUCUACUUGAGAGCCGUAUAGGUAAAAACUAGCUUUAUUGUUAAGGGUUGACGCGAGGACUUUAAUGUUUGGAGCUGGUUGUAAUUUUUUGAUACCUAAAUUUGGUAGUUUAGCAUGGGCGAUCUCAUCUAGAUCUGCAUGUAAUGAUAAAUAAUGAACUCUCUUAAGGCAUAUUUUGAAUAAAAAAGAAUUUCCAUUCCAUAAUUAUUACAAGUCUUAUGAUUUGUUAUUGUGGCGGUUAAAUGCAAGCUACAUUAUAGUUAACUUCAAGUACACAAGCGGAAAAUCAGAAUGAUGAUACAAAAUCAAUACUGGUUUUGUUAUCUACAUCAGAAUGUCUUCAAGUCUAGUGUUCAAUUUUAUGCUCCAUGCUCCAUUUCUCAAAAGGAUUGAUGCUGUAAAUUGGACCAAGUUCUCUUUUUAUUUAUAGCGAGGAUUGCAUUUGUAAGGUAAGUGUUCACUUACAUAAGUUUAUCAUUUCAUUUGCCAAUGAAUGGAUUCAACUGCAGAAUCUUUUGUAUAAUUUCUAAUGCUUAGUUUUGAAAUUGCAAAAUCAUGUAGUUUACUUUGGGAGAGAAAACAAUAAAAGAAAAUGGUUCUGAUAUUGAAUUAGAAAUAUUUGUUUAUUGAUAUUUAUUCACUGAAUACCUUAUGAUAUCUCGUGUUUUGAAUUCUUUUCAUGGAUUACAGGUAGUAACCAUUUGAUAUUCAGAAGGUUUUAUGAUCUGUUGUGGAAAUAGUAUAAUUAUGGGUUAUAGUUAGUAUUAAGUACAAUACCAAUCUUGUGCUCUAUCAUGAGUUCAGUUUAUAGACAAUCACGUGCUUAACAUAUGUCAAUAAUUGUGGCGCAGAAAAGUGAUAUAAAAAUAUAGAAGCCUUUGGGAAAAUUAUCAUCAAUUGGACUUCUAGUGUCUUCUGCAUGCACUAUGAAUUAAAUGGAAAUGGAAUUUAUAAAACAUAAUUUUUUAUUAGGAGCUAUAUAUCCAAACAACAUUUUGUGCUUUUGGAACUACAACUUAAUGCAUCUAAGAACAUGAACAUUCUUUGAAGAAUUUAAGUGCCAUGAGCAGUGUCUAGAGUUGCAAGGGCAAAACGAGCACUACCAAUUUUUGUAUCUUUUCUUCUUCUUUCCUUUUUAAAUAAGGCAGGCUUGCAUUCAUAUUCAAUAAUCCUGACGUAAAUAAAUUGGAAGGCUCGAAGUCAAGGACGCAAUGUUUUAUUCUAUUUAGCUAUUUUGUUUCUUCGAGAUAGAAAAAAGAAAUUGCAUGAAGUUUAAGGGAGCAUAUUUGCUGUUUAUCAGGAUGCAAUAUGCUUUUUUACAUCCUAAAUGAUGUGCUGUUGUUUCCACUGCAGUGUACUUGUUGAAGACAACAUGUAGGUUGCCUCGUCAGCCUAAUGCAUUGUCCUGACCUUGGCAGUUUGUUUUGGUCUAGUGGUGUUUCUAGCUGUUACUUUGACUUCUUUGUAAUAUUGUUGAACUCUGUUUGUCUAAAAUUUCUGGGAACCAUCAUUCUUGAGGUACUACCUGUUUGACAUUUUUAAAGCUGGUCUAGUCAUGCACGGUUGCCAUUU